AAUUCAGUGGUAGAUGCAGGUGGAGUUGAGAGCAUUGCCCAGUGUCCCCAGGAGCUUCCUCAGAUGAUGGCUGCAGCAGCCGAUGGUUUGGGGAGCAUAGCAAUAGACACAACCCAGCUCAACAUGUCCGUGACGGGUCCGACAGCCUGGGCCACAGCCAUGAAUAACUUGGGCAUGGUUCCUGUGGGGUUGCCUGGACAGCAGCUCGUGUCUGACUCAAUCUGCGUCCCAGGCUUUGAUCCAAGCCUCAACAUGAUGACUGGAAUCACCCCCAUUAAUCCAAUGAUACCAGGCCUGGGGCUGGUACCACCCCCACCACCAACAGAAGUAGCUGUCGUCAAAGAAAUAAUCCACUGCAAAAGUUGUACUCUUUUUCCUCAAAAUCCAAAUCUUCCACCUCCUUCCACAAGAGAACGACCUCCUGGGUGUAAGACUGUGUUUGUUGGAGGAUUACCAGAAAAUGCUACUGAGGAAAUUAUUCAAGAAGUCUUUGAGCAGUGCGGGGAUAUUACAGCAAUUCGGAAAAGCAAGAAGAAUUUUUGUCACAUUCGCUUUGCGGAGGAAUUCAUGGUUGAUAAAGCCAUUUACCUUUCUGGUUACCGGAUGCGGUUAGGGUCUAGCACAGACAAAAAGGAUUCAGGCCGCCUUCACGUGGACUUUGCCCAGGCCAGGGACGACUUCUAUGAGUGGGAAUGCAGGCAGAGGAUGCGCGCUCGUGAGGAGCGGCACCGGCGCAAGCUGGAGGAAGACCGGCUGCGGCCACCCUCGCCUCCGGCCAUCAUGCACUACUCGGAGCAUGAGGCCGCGCUGCUGGCCGACAAGCUGAAAGAUGAUAGCAAGUUUUCAGAGGCUAUCACAGUGCUGCUUUCCUGGAUUGAACGAGGGGAAGUGAACCGGCGUUCUGCAAACCAGUUCUAUUCCAUGGUGCAGUCGGCUAACAGCCACGUCCGCCGGCUGAUGAAUGAGAAAGCCACCCACGAGCAGGAGAUGGAGGAAGCCAAGGAGAAUUUUAAAAAUGCCUUAACUGGGAUCCUCACUCAAUUUGAGCAGAUUGUGGCCGUUUUCAACGCUUCUACCAGACAAAAAGCUUGGGACCAUUUCUCGAAAGCUCAGCGCAAGAACAUAGACAUUUGGCGAAAGCAUUCUGAGGAGCUCCGGAACGCUCAAAGUGAGCAGCUCAUGGGCAUCCGCCGCGAAGAAGAAAUGGAAAUGUCUGAUGACGAGACCUGCGACAGCCCUACCAAAAAGAUGCGAGUCGAUGAAUCAGCCCUGGCUGCCCAGGCAUAUGCUCUGAAAGAGGAGAAUGACAGCCUCCGUUGGCAGCUGGAUGCCUACAGGAACGAGGUGGAGCUGCUGAAACAAGAAAAAGAACAGCUUUUUCGAACAGAAGAAAACCUCACCAAGGACCAGCAGCUACAGUUCCUGCAGCAGACCAUGCAAGGCAUGCAGCAGCAAUUGCUAACCAUCCAGGAGGAGUUAAAUAACAAAAAGUCAGAAUUGGAACAAGCAAAGGAAGAGCAGUCCCACACACAAGCAUUACUGAAAGUCCUCCAGGAACAAUUAAAAGGUACCAAGGAAUUGGUGGAGACCAAUGGCCACAGCCAUGAGGAUGCGAAUGAAAUCAAUGUAUUGACAGUCGCAUUGGUCAACCAAGACCGAGAGAACAAUAUUGAAAAAAGAAGCCAAGGCUUAAAAUCAGAGAAAGAAGCCCUGCUAAUAGGCAUCAUAUCAACGUUUCUUCAUGUCCAUCCUUUCGGAGCAAAUAUAGAAUAUCUUUGGUCAUACAUGCAGCAGCUGGACUCCAAGAUAUCUGCAAACGAAAUCGAAAUGCUUUUGAUGAGGCUGCCCCGCAUGUUCAAACAGGAAUUCACGGGUGUGGGAGCAACGCUGGAAAAAAGGUGGAAGUUGUGUGCCUUUGAAGGAAUUAAAACUACCUAA